AUGUGGGGAAUGCCUGUUUUUCUUCUACUGGCAGCUGGAGUGUUCACCAAGAUACCCAUCGAUCGGCAGACUCUGGAACUCACAGAUGACAAAGUUGGAUGGCCUGCCAUUGUUGUUCUUGUCUCCAUGAUUCUCUUCGUUGCUAGCUACGCAGCUGGUCUUGGCUGCGUGCCCUGGCAAGCCAAUGAGUUCCUCCCCAUGGAAGUCCGUGCUAUGGGAACAAUGAUGAUCGACAUGUGCAUCUGGGGACCUAAUAUCAUCGUCUCGUCCACUUUCCUAUCAAUGAUGCGCGGAAUAUCCCCCUCUGGCACCUUUGGCUUCUACGCUGCGUUGUCUUUCCUAGGUUUUGUCUUUGUCUUCGUCUGCUAUCCCGACGCUGCUGGAAUGACCUUUGAGGAGAUCCGUGUCGUCUUUGAUCAUGGAUUCGGAGUUCGUUAG